AUGGAACAGACUCCUAAGAGAAGGGCCACCAGAGUAACAAUCGAGGAACCUUCCAGCACCCCGCGGGCUGCUGCUUCCCCUGCCUCAAAGGAAAAAGGGAAAAAGAAAGCCACCGAACCUCUCGAGCCCCUCCACGAAUCUUCGGACGAGAACGUUAUGGACUCUGAGUGCGUGCUCGACUUGUACAGCGCCCCCGAGGUUCCCGAAGCUCCCUUGAGCAAAAAGAAAGCGAGCAAGAGGCAUACUGGGGAAAGCAGUAAGAUGCCUCAGGCUAAGAAAUCUCUCACUGCAGGCCUCCCAGAGGACAGACCCUCAUCCAAUGCAACUCCAACAUCUUCUCCUCACGAGCAGCAGACUCCCCCUGCUCCUGCCGGGUCGACACCAUCUCCAACGGCCCUAACUGACCAGACUCAGCAAGCUGGUCCUGCUUCCACUGGGGGCGACUUAACAAGUUGUACCUUCAGAUCGGUCAAGGACAGAGUUGCAAAAAUUGUGAACCACGACCGCUGCCGAGAGGCGAUGGCUGCAACUGAGACAAUGGAUGUUGACCAAAUCCUAACCUGCGCCUUGAAUGAAUUUUCCAAUUUAAGUUAUCUUUUUCUGUUGAGACAGGCAUUUCUAACCCUUACUGUCGUUCAGCUCCGCUCGGGUGUCGUCACUGAGCAGUCCAAGUCUUUGGAGCAACGGCACCCUGACAAACUCAAAACUGCCGAAGCGAAAUACGCUGAACAGCUUGAGGCGGUGCUCGGGGAGAAUAACAAAUUGGCUGAGGAGUUGAAGGAGAAGCAAAGUGCUUUGGACAAGGCCAUCGAGCAGAGAGACAACUUUAAGGAGUCUAACCGCGUCAAUUACCACGCGGCUAAAAAGCUCGAGGAGGACUUGACUGCGGGGGUGGACUUCAGCUACCUUCCCGAACGUGCAAGGCAAGUCGAGAUAGCUCCCUGCGUGGCUCGACUGGCAGAAGAGGAAAGGGCAAGGGUACCUGCCUUGCCCGAAAUCUCCUUGGAGACUGGCAUGGAUGGGGCGGACAAUGACGCUAUAGAUGUUGUCGACCAAGACACCCCUCAAGAUCCUCCAGCCUCUUAG